CUUGUAUCACAGGACUUCAAUUGCAUUAAAAAAUAACGAAAGUAAACGGUGUUUUUGUAGGCUAAAGAAAACAAAGUAUCUUCAAGAUGACGUCCAUCUUGUAUCUGGUUAUAUGCUGCACCUUUAUAGCUACUCAGUCAAGAGAAAUGCCUGAGGAUGCCAGCCUUCAUACCAUUAUUGUGUUGGUCGGAGGGACUGGAGACUUGGCAACUAAAUACUUAUGGCAGGGAGUAUUCAACAUCUACCAUUCUCACAUGGAUAAGAUUUACACGCACGACCCUCAGACCAUUGGCAGCAUUCCUGUUGUAACCAAUCACACCUAUGAUUUUUUCACGGCUGCUCGUUUGGGGCAGGACGACGGCAAUGCUGCAGUGAAUAAAAUUCUUCGGAAUAAUGUUACUUGUGAACAGGAAACAGAAGAAGAUAGAGAUCUUUAUAUUUCUCUAUGUCAAAAACGGAAGCAGGAAUUUAUUGAUAAAGUCAGCUAUGCACCAUUGCAGAAUGCUGAUGACUUUAGCUUUCUCUGCUCAAAAAUCAUUUCAAAAUUUUCGCAGUCACUUGAAGACACCAAAAAGGAGAUUUUAUUGUACAUGGCUAUUUCUCCUUCAGCAUAUGAAUCUGUCUUACAGAAUUUUGAUAAAUACUGCCAUAGGCUUCGAGAACUUAAAGUAGGUUUUAAAGUGGCCCUGGAGAAACCGUUUGGGUUGGAUAAAGCCAGCGCAGAAUCUAUGUCAAAGCAGAUUUUAAAAUUGUUUGCCGAAGAUGAGAUUUACAGAAUUGAUCACUUUUUGGGUAAACCAGUGGUCAAAUCUAUUCUUCCUUUUAGAUUUCAGAAUCCUGAAAUUGAGAAAUUACUUGACAAAGAUCAUGUAGAAAAGGUGGAGAUUUUCUUAAAAGAAACUGUGGGAGUUGAUGAACGAGUUCACCUAUACAACAGUCUGGGUGUGCUGCGGGAUAUGCAUCAAAACCAUCUGUCCCAGCUGCUGACACUUGUUGCUAUGGAUUUACCCCCGAACAUAGGAGACAGCGCCAAAAUCCAAGAGAACAAAGAACGUCUCUUGCAUCAAGUAGAGCCAGUCAGGCGCCACAACUCUCUGUUUGGCCAGUUUUCCGACUACGCAGAACUGGUGAAAAAGUUGGAAUCAAAUUUCUCGUCUGCAUCAGAUGUUCCUACUUUUGCUGCCACUGUUGUAAAGAUCAAUUCACCACGAUGGCGCAGUGUGCCAUUUCUGCUAGUCUCAGGCAAGCAACUUGAUAAAAGGGAGAGCUAUGUCCGUAUUGUUUUUAAAAAUAACUACGUCUGCGUUUCUCAUUGUGAUGACGAAGCUUUGGUUGAGGAAAGCAGGUACACAAAACAAAUUAUCUUCCACAUCGGCCAUGGCAGUGUAAAAAGACCAUCAAUUUUAGUCUCAAAAUCAUUUAAACAACCAGACUGCCCGACUAAUUUUCUGGAGUCCAUCGAUCCAGUUUUAUUUUCCAAAUCUUUAGUAUACGGUGAAGAUAAAAAACAUUUUUAUACGUGCACUGUUAUUAAAGAUAUCCCAGCAUAUGAAUCUAUUCUGAAAAAUAUACUUGCAGGCAAACAAGAUAGCUUCGUCAAUACUCGACUUUUAAUCUUAUCCUGGGAGAUUUGGGAUUAUCUGGUUAGUGUUUCAAAGAAAAUUCAUUUUUAUAAAAAAUCUGACCCUCAGGGUCAUUUAAAUUUUAUAAUUAAGGAAAGCCAGUUGGAGUUUAUCCAUGACGAUGAUGAAAAUGAGUUCACUGUAGUAGAUGAAGCGGUCAUCACUCACAGUGAAGUCACCCAUGAAUACAUACAAACCCCUGCUUUAUUUCUUGGUAGGAAACUUAUUACAAGUCAUUCCGAUCAUCUGGCGUUCUUGAUAGCCAGGGAUAUUGACCACGCGGCUGAGAUUGAGAUACAAAACAAAGGCUCGUUUCAUGUUGCUUUCUCAGGGGGAUCAUCUCUAAUUAAAGUGUUUCAAAUGUUAGCUCAGUCCUUUGCUAACUUACACUGGCAUUCAGUUCACGUAUGGCAGGUAGAUGAGAGAUGCGUCCCACAUCAAGAUGAACGCUCAAACUUCCAGACAUUGGAUCGGGAACUCCUGCGUUUUGUGGAUAUCCCCUACUCCAAUAUCCACGCCAUGCCUGUGUACGCGGGAGGGCGGCUGUGUUCCGAAGAGCUUGGCGGCGCUCAUGCUUAUGCUGACGCAUUAAGACACAGCGUACCCAAUUCACAGCUGGAUUUUAUAGUGCUAGGUGUAGGUACUGACGGCCACACGGCUUCUUUGUUUCCAUCAAGCUCAGCACUGCACGUUGACAGCAAUACAUUUGUCGUGACGACAGACGACGGCCCGGCCGAUACAAGCCACCGGAUGACCUUGACUUUGCCUCUGAUCAACAAAGCAAAGAGGGUGGGGAUUUUUGUGACGGGGAAGCACAAAAGGGAGAUAAUUAACCGCCUGGAGUCGUCACAGUCUGCUGAUAAUUACCCCAUACUUGGAGUUAAUCCGGUCAAUGGUACAGUCACUUGGUACAUGGAUUACAGUGCAUACUCUGGUGGCGUCAUUACUUUAUAAUGUCUCUAGCUUGUCGUGUUUGAUAUACAGAUGUAACCACUUUGAUGGAUCGUUAUAAGAAAAAGCUCAGAUUGUCACAUUACAUCUACCAACAUAUUAGCUGAUGUUAAAUUGUUAUUCCAGAUGUUGUAUUAAGGUAAAUUUCUGCUUAAGGUAAAAAAAAAAGUUUUUUUGUUUGUUGUCAUGAUAAAUACUGUUGCCAUGUCCAUGUUGUUUUUGUUAUUGUUUUCUUCGGCCAUUUUGAGGUCAUGUUUUUAAGUAAAUUUUAACAGUUCAAGUUUUUUUUUAUGAUGUGUUAUUUUAGGGGAUGUGUUUAAUAACAAUAACAUUGAUAUAUUUUAAUUAUUUAAUUCAUUUAGUUUAAACUUCCAUGCUAGUAUAUUUAUUUUUUUACAGUUGUAAUUUUCAUUUAGUGAUACUUUGUUGUUUUUUUGUCAAGGAAUAUGGGUUUUCUAGGGUUGUUAUGCUGCACCCAAUCAGUUUUAGUUUAACACCAUCACUGUAGGUUUGACAUUGUUCAGCAGAUAUACAGCACCCUAGGCGUAAAGGUAUGUAUAGAUGAAGUAGAGUUUAUCUGUAUUUUGGGACACAUGAUUGUGAGGUCAGCGCCAUACAGUCUUCAUUACUUCAAUUACAAAUGGAAUCUGUGAUUCCCUAAUGACUCAAGCAUGAGAAUCGAACUUCAGAGUAUCAGGCUAGCCAACUUGUGCUCUACCACUAAACCAUGCCACUCCACACAUGUCAUUUAACAAUAAUCCUAAGUUUUUUUAUACACCUUUCUACAAUGUUUGAGCUCCCUAAGUAUUGAAAAUCAUUUGCAGCCCCACAUAUCACUUACUAUACAUCUUGUAAUGUUAUAACUAAGUAUGAAAAAUGUAAUAAUAGAUUUAGAAGAGUGUGUUGCUAGUAUUUAGUAAAAUUCUAAUGUUGCCAGUAUUUAGUAAAAUUCUAAUUCUAAUGUAUCCAGUAUUUAGUAAAAUUCUAAUGUUGCCAGUAUUUAGUAAAAUUCUAAUGUUGCCAGUGUUUUGGAAAAUUCUAAUGUUGCCAGUAUUUAGUAAAAUUCUGUCAGUAUUUAGUAAAAUUCUAAUGUUGCCAGUGUUUUGUAAAAUUCUAAUGUUUCCAGUAUUUAGUAAAAUUGUAAUGUGCAAUAUAGAUACAGUCUGUUGGAGAAAACCUUUUAUAAAACACAUUUCACCACUUUAGCUAAAUAAGUUUGAAAACAAAGUCUAUGACAGGCAGUCACCAAUGGAAUCAAAGAUAUAUGUAAUACAUUCCAAUUUGUAAUGUUACAAGAUGAUUUCCUGUUUAAAUCAACAGCCAAGAAAUCAAAUAUAAUUGAAUUGUUUUUGUUUUAAUCAAUAUAAAGUAAAUGUAUUCAUGGAAGUUAGUUUUAUUAAUGUUUUUAGUUGUUACUUAACUUGCUGAGAAACAUACUUUGAUUAUUAUAAUAUACUUGUGUUUAUUUUUUCUCUUGGAUGUUUAAAUACUCAUUGGUUGACCAAAAUCUUUCCAUAUAUGAAAAUAAAAAAGUGCAGGUGUUCUAGUCUAGUUGUUUAUGUCAGUUCCUGCUGGAGCUAAACUUUGGCUUUAAUGAUAAGCUACUUACAGUGUAUUAUCUAGUGUAUCAUUGCUGGAGAAUACUUUAGCAUAAUACCUACAUUUGUGAUACAAAUUUUAACCCAGAAUUAUCUAUAUAUAUAAUUCUCUUCUGGGAGCCUUUAGAAAACAAGCUGCAAGCGCGCCUUACAGUCCCCUCUCUUCCUCUCUAUCGCUACCACC